AUGGUGUCUGAUGAGUGGAGCGACCCUGAAUACGACAUCCCUCUUCAAGACAAGCGACCAUUUGGAUCAGGACUAAAGCGAAAACGGGUCGUUUUCGUUCCUGCUUCUUCAGGCAAUCUUAACACUACAGAAGAGGACACAUCCACGAAAACUUCCAAAUCUGUAGCUGAUUUAUAUCUGAGCAUUGUAUUGCCUAAGGAAAAGGAGGUUAGCCAAUCCACCUCAAAAGAGAGUUCAGAUGUUGCUAUAAUCCCUCGAGCCUGUGAAAUCUGCCGGCUACCCUUGGAGGAACCCCUGGAAGAAGGCCCCGACUCUGAUGGGAAAGUAAAGACGAGUUCUCGGCCACAUGAAGCUUCGAUAGCACAUCAGGUAUGCCUAACUCAUUCGCACCCGCCUUCGGCACUAGACCGGUCGCGAAUGGGGUUGAAUAUCCUUCAGUCUCAAGGCUGGGAUCCAGACUCACGAAAGGGACUGGGAGUUGAACAGCAAGGUGUCCAAUAUCCCAUCAAAGUAAAACCAAAGAACGAUACCCUAGGGAUAGGAGUCCAAGUGCCAAAGAACCUACCGCCCAAGAAGGAGAAGGCGAAGACUUAUGACGCCAAAAAGGUGCGGAAGAUGGCCUUAGAGGAUAAGAAACGGCAUGAAAAGCUCCGGCGGCAGCUCUACAGUAAUUCGGAUGUGGAGAAAUACUUAGGGACUGGAUAA